UGGUCCGCUGAACCGACGACGGCUUCUGAGCCCCGCACGCCUGCCCUUCGGAGCCCGGAGUCGGGGCCCGCUCAGCCGGCGUCACCAUGACCAAGACGGGCAGCAAGGGCGGGAACCUCCGCGACAAGCUGGACGGCAACGAGCUGGACCUGAGCCUCAGCGACCUGAAUGAGGUCCCUGUCAAGGAGCUGGCUGCGCUCCCGAAGGCCACCGUACUGGAUCUGUCCUGCAAUAAGCUGAGCACUCUGCCGUCGGAUUUCUGCAGCCUCACGCAUCUGGUGAAGCUGGACCUCAGCCAGAACAAGCUGCAGCAGCUGCCAGCAGACUUUGGCCGCCUGGUCAACCUCCAGCACCUGGACCUCCUCAACAACAGGUUGGCCACCCUGCCUGCCAGCUUCGCGCAGCUCAAGAGCCUGAAGUGGCUGGACCUAAAGGACAACCCCCUGGAUCCUGUUCUGGCCAAGGUAGCAGGGGACUGCCUGGAUGAGAAGCAGUGUAAGCAGUGCGCAAACAAGGUGCUGCAGCACAUGAAGGCUGUGCAGGCGGACCAGGAGCGGGAGCGGCAGCGGCGGCUGGAAGUGGAGCGAGAGGCGGAGAAGAAGCGGGAAGCCAAGCAGCGCGCAAAGGAAGCUCAGGAUCGGGAGCUGCGGAAGCGGGAGAAGGCGGAGGAGAAGGAGCGGCGCAGGAAGGAGUAUGACUCCCUCAAGGCCUCCAAGCGGGAGCAGGAGAAGAAGCCCAAGAAGGAAGCGAAUCAGGCCCAGAAAUCCAAGUCUGGCUCCCGGCCCCGCAAACCACCGCCCCGGAAGCAGGCUCGGUCCUGGGCUGUGCUGAAGCUGCUGCUGCCGCUGCUGCUGCUGUUCAUAGGGGGUGGGCUGGUGGCGUGUCGCCUGACGGCACUGCAGCAGCAGCCACUGUGCGCCAGCGUGAACACCAUCUAUGACAACGCGGUGCAGGGGCUGCGGCGCCACGAGAUCCUCCGGUGGGUGCUGCAGGCUGACUCGCAGCAGUGAGCCCGACCCGCUGGCCCACUGGCCUCCGGCCCGGAGCUGGACCCCUACGGAACUGGGUUCUGCCAGACACAACUUCUUCUUAGCGUCAGCCAGACCUACCCACCGUCUAUCAGCAGCUGCUGACUGGUACCGAGGCCCCCUUGUGGGACCUCUUUCCCCAGUCAGGGCUCCCCGGUAGGAUGAGGAGAAUCAGGAGGCGGGAGGGAGUGACCUGCGUGCCUAACAGGGCAGGCAGAGAGGACAGCCUUUCCUACUUCCCACAGAAGCUGUCUACAGCAAGGCUCGUGUCUACUAAAUGGUCAGCGGUCACUACAUUCAUGCUUCUGUAUGUCACAGCCCUUUCUUUCAUUCCUCCCCGGGAACUAGGGCAGAUCUGGAGCCAUUGUGUUGUUGGGGACCAGGGGAUGUCACACAUCUGGCCUAGGCUGGGGGAGGGCACACCUGUUUCCUCAAGGACCUCAGACACCCAAGCAUCUUAGCAUCCACAAGGGCAGACUGAGGCCUUCCAGGACCACCUGCCGUCCCAGCCCGCCGUCCUCGCCCUUCUGAGGCAGAGUGGGACUCCCGCCCUCUGUCAUUUUCUUUCCGGGACAUCAUUUGGCUUCCUUUAUAAAUAACAACUAAGAGGACAGAACCCCACCAGAAUUACGGCCCAGCCAACGGCAGCCUUGAACAGAAGGCGGGUCCAGCACUCCCAGCAGAGCACCAGCGCUGUGGGGUUCAGGCGGCUUCUGGGGAGGCCCGCCCCCUCCUGCACGGCCCAGUCUGUGACCCUUCCGAGUGCUCACGCCACUGAAUACCUCAGAGGGGCCCAAAAACUCAGCCUGCAGACACCGAGGCUCUGGCCGUCUGUCGGGAGGAAUGGAUGGGAACAGGGACACAGGUGGCAUCCCACACAGGUGGCAUCCCGGGCUGGAUACACCUCGGCAGCACAGCUGUCCCUAGUCCCUCUGCCUCCUCCCCACAGUAAUGGCUGGGUGAGGGAGCCCAGCGACCAUCUCAGCGCAAGCUCCUCUUAAUGGCUGAGUGGCAGCGUAGCUGUCACUCAGUACAGUGCAGAUGAGCAGGAAAGGACUUUUCUCCCCUCCCCAUGGGUAGUUCUGCUGCUGGGCCCACACCCUGCUCAGUCACUACACACGUCCUCCAGACUCCCCAGCCCCAGGGCCAUGGGUCCAAAUGCUUUAUUGAAGCUAAACAUCCAAUGCAUCCGACGAAGUUGUGGAAACACAGGAGCCGGCCUAGGUGCCAAGUUCUGGGCUGCUGGGCCAGCUCCAUGGCAGAGCCCGGCCACACCAGCCACAGGCACGCGCUCACCCCAACCUCGAGGCCUGAUGCUGAUUCCUGUGGGUUUCUGCGGGUAUUAAACCCAUGUCCAAGUGGUC